CAGCUCCUAAUUCGGGCGGCUGGCACGGCCCGCGCCCCGGCCCCCCCACCUGUUCCCGGCAGCCAAUGGGGCGGCGGGGGGCGGCCGGGGCGGGGCGCGGCUACAAAAGGCCGGGCCGGCGCGCGCCCGCCCACCCCGCUCAGGGCGCGCUCUCGGGAGCUUCGCGCGGACGCGGCCGAGCACCGGGAACAUUCCGCUCGAGGACCAGGCGGGCCGGGGCGAUGCUGCGGGUGCGGUGUCUGCGCGGCGGGAGCCGCGGCGCCGAGGCGGUGCACUACAUCGGGUCUCGGCUUGGAAGAACCUUAACAGGAUGGGUGCAGCGAACUUUCCAGAGCACCCAGGCAGCUACGGCUUCCUCCCAGAACUCCUGUGCAGCUGACGACAAGGCCACUGAUCCUCUGCCCAAGGACUGCCCUGUCUCCUCUUACAAUGAAUGGGACCCCUUGGAGGAAGUGAUCGUGGGCAGAGCAGAAAACGCCUGUGUUCCACCAUUCACCGUGGAGGUGAAGGCUAACACAUAUGAAAAGUACUGGCCAUUUUACCAGAAGCAUGGAGGCCAUUAUUUUCCCAAAGAUCAUUUGAAAAAGGCUGUUGCUGAAAUUGAAGAAAUGUGCAAUAUUUUAAAAACGGAAGGAGUGACAGUGAAGAGGCCUGACCCCAUUGACUGGUCGCUGAAGUAUAAAACUCCUGAUUUUGAGUCUACGGGUUUAUACAGUGCGAUGCCGCGGGACAUCCUGAUAGUCGUGGGAAAUGAGAUUAUCGAGGCUCCCAUGGCGUGGCGUGCGCGCUUCUUUGAGUACCGAGCAUACCGGUCAAUUAUCAAAGACUACUUCCACCGUGGUGCCAAGUGGACCACGGCUCCUAAGCCCACGAUGGGUGAUAAGCUUUAUGACCAGGAUUAUCCCAUCCAUUCUGUAGAAGACAGACACAGAUUGGCUGCUCAGGGAAAAUUUGUGACAACUGAGUUUGAGCCAUGCUUUGAUGCUGCUGACUUCAUUCGAGCUGGAAGAGAUAUUUUUGCACAGAGAAGCCAGGUUACAAACUACCUGGGCAUUGAAUGGAUGCGUAGACAUCUUGCCCCAGACUACAGAGUGCAUAUCAUCUCCUUUAAAGAUCCCAAUCCAAUGCAUAUUGAUGCCACCUUCAAUAUCAUUGGACCUGGUCUUGUGCUUUCCAACCCUGACCGACCUUGUCACCAGAUUGAUCUUUUCAAGAAAGCAGGAUGGACCAUAGUGACUCCUCCAACACCAGUCAUCCCAGAUGAUCAUCCACUCUGGAUGUCAUCCAAAUGGCUUUCCAUGAAUGUCUUAAUGCUAGAUGAAAAACGUGUUAUGGUGGAUGCCAAUGAAGUCCCAAUUCAAAAGAUGUUUGAAAAGCUGGGUAUCAAUACCAUUAAGGUUAACAUUCGAAAUGCCAAUUCCCUGGGAGGAGGCUUCCAUUGCUGGACCUGCGAUGUCCGGCGCCGAGGGACCCUGCAGUCUUACUUUGACUGACCAGGCCUGACGGAGCUUGUGGCUGGCCUCAGACACACCUAAGAAGCUUAGGGGCAAGGUUCAUUCUCCUGCUUUAAAAGUGCAUAAGCUGUAGUGCUUUAAACAAUCAUCUCCUUAACAGGGGUCUUAAGCCUGGUUUACUUUUUAUUACUUUUCUUUGACAUAAGGAAAUAACUUCUACUAGGUAUUACUCUCUACUCCUAAAGUUAUUUACUAUUUGGCUUCAAGUGUAAAAUUUUGGUAAAUGUGUACCAAGACAAAAAUUAGUCACUUGGGUAACUUGGCAACUAAUAAUUAACCAUCUACCUCUGUUUUUAAUUUUCUUUCCAAAAGGCAGCUUGAAAUGUUGGUCCUAAUCUUAAUUUGUUUUUUCCUUUUCAGUAGACUUGAGAAUGUAUUACUUCUUUUUUUUAAAAUGAGAGAAAAACUUAGAAGGUGCACAGAUCCUCAGUAGAACCAGAUAAUUGUGUCUUUUUCUAAUAAAGAAUUUGGGUAAUUUUCAAUUUUUUGUUUUUAAAGAAAUAACCUAGACUGUGCAAAUGUUGAAGUGAAUUUUCCAUGAAUAUUUUUAAUAUUCUCAACAUUGGUGUUAUGUGCUACUAAAAACCUUUUCAUACAACUUACCUCAUUUUAAGUGAAUUAUUUUAAUCUUUUCCUCUUUUCCAAAAAAUUUACAGAAAUAUUUAGUGUAGUGGGAUAUAACUAUCAGUUCCCAUCCGUAAAUUUUGAUAUUCAACAUCUGAUAGAUACAUUGCAUCUUUGGUAAUCUAAGAUUUGUUUAUAGGUGUGCAAAUUAUUUAAAGCAUAGACUUUAAAAGCAUUAAAAAAAACUAAUGGAGAUAAAACCUACACGCGGUAUGAAAUAAUUUUACUGUUGGAUACUGUCAUGUAUUUUUAUUCUAAUAAACUUUUGUGUUCCAGACUG